UUCUGUUGAACUGUGGGAGUUAUGGCUUUUUGUGCACCCAAGCAAUUGUCAUCAUGUUUACCUAAUAUMGUUCCAAAACUAAUCGAAGUACUUGGUGACUCACAUACUAAGGUGCAGGAAGCUGGUGCCGAUGCACUCAAAGUCAUAGGAUCCGUAAUAAAAAAUCCCGAAAUUCAAGCUAUCGUUCCCAUAUUGUUGACAGCUUUAGAAGACCCAUCAAAAAAUACUUCAAAUUGUUUGCACAGUUUACUUCAAACAAAAUUUGUACAUUUUAUAGAUGCACCAUCUUUGGCCCUAAUAAUGCCURUGGUUGAGCGAGCUUUCAUGGAUAGAUCUACCGAAACUCGAAAAAUGGCAGCUCAAAUCAUAGCUAAUAUGUAUUCCCUUACCGRUCAAAAGGAUUUAGUGCCAUAUUUACCUAAUAUAAUUCCUGGUCUAAAGAUGUCUCUGCUUGAUCCCGUGCCGGAGGUUAGAUCAAUUUCUGCCAGAGCAUUAGGAGCUAUGGUUCGUGGAAUAGGUGAAUCUUCAUUUGAAGAUCUACUACCAUGGUUGAUGCAAACCUUGACAUCAGAAUCUAGUAGUGUCGAUCGCAGUGGAGCAGCUCAAGGUCUUGCCGAAGUUGUUGGUGGUUUAGGAGUGCAAAAGUUACAUCAAUUAAUGCCUGAUAUUAUUACAACAGCRGAGAGAACAGAUAUUGCUCCACAUGUAAAAGAUGGAUAUAUAAUGAUGUUUAUAUAUAUGCCAGGUCCUUUCCCUAACGAUUUUACUCCUUAUAUUGGCCAAAUAAUUAAUCCUAUAUUAAAAGCAUUGGCUGAUGAAAAUGAGUAUGUUCAUUAA